AAAUAAAAUAAAAAUCUUUUACCGAAAAAGUGAGUUGUUUUUAAUAUAAAAAAAGUGAAACAAAAAUUCUCCCAAAAAAGUGCAAAAAAUUUCAUUGAUUUUCUUCAUUCUUCAGUGCAAUAAUAAUGUUGAUGGUUUACAUUUGCGCAGCAUUGAAGAACCCACAACAGCUCAAUUGUUUACACUAAAUAGUCCGCAUAGUUUUAAUAAUAGCAGUAGUAAUAAUAGCAGUAGCAAUAGUAAUAAUAAUAGUAGUAAUAAUACCAGUGGCAGAAUGCCAGCGGAGCUGGGGGGCACAGGUUAUGGUUCCGAACAAAAUCUCUUGUUAAGCAAUCGUACCGGUGUCCCCCUGGCCAUAUAUCAAAAUCAUCAUCACCAGCAGCAACAGCAACAACAGCAUCAGUAUCAACUACAGCACUAUAAUCAUCAUCAUCCUCAUCCACAUCUCUAUCAACAUCAAAAUUCCAAUUCCUCAACAACGUGUCUCAAUAACCCGCUCUCAUCACCACAACGUCAAUAUGAUCCGGAAUAUGCACGCAUGGAAUCGUGGAUGGAUGAAAAUCAAGAAUUUGUUCAAGAUUAUUUCAUUAGGUAAGUAAGAAUGUUUGUCUGUCUGUC